CACAGACCUGAAAGGUAAGUCAAUUGACACUGAUGCCUAUCAGCCAGAUUACGUUUGUGAGAAUGAGGAGUGUGGUGGGUGUGUGACAAGGUGUGUUCUAAAAUUAAACCACAAGGAAGAGCAGAUGCUUAGUUCCAUGCAUUCAUGUGGUUCCUUCAAGGCAGAUAACAAAGGGAUAUCGUGCUGAAACCAAUAAUCUAACAAGACAUGCGUUUGCGCGAUGCUCUGGGUCUAGUUAUCCAGUCAGUGGACUGAAAGUAGGGAUCCUUUGGGGAGCGAUAAAGAUCCGAGAUCUGACAGGAUGUUGGAGUGAUUCUUCAGAGGACUGAGCCGCAUCAUGCACACCCUGAGGUUCGUUCACUUCUGAGGUGAUUCAGUUCAACAAUGUAUGGAUUCCUAAAGAAGUUCCAAACAGCCGUGAAGGACACAAUGAAAAUACAGGAAACGUAUGAAACAAACCCGUUUGGAGACUCUCUUGAGACGGUCCUUUCCCAGAAAAGCGGGCGAAGUGCAUUUCGGGAUUUCCUAAAACUAGAGUUCUGUGAGGAAAACCUGGAAUUCUGGCUCGCCUGUAAGGAGUAUCGGUCGUUUGACAGUCUGGAGGAGCGGACGCAGAUAGCGGCGAGUAUUUAUGAAGAGUUCAUCAGGGACGGAUCCCCCAAACAGGUGAAUCUGGAUUCCUACACGAGAGAAACGAUCAGACAAAGUCUGGAAGAGCCGGGGUCGUCCUGCUUCGCCGUGGCAGAGAAGAAAAUCUUCAUCCUGAUGGAGAACUGCUCCUUCCCACGCUUUACCGAAACAGAGCCGUACAAACUCUUUCUUAACUCCAUUUUGAAACAGAGAGGUCUUAAGAAAAAACGCAUGGCGGUGAGAAUAAAGAGCCCUGUGGAGGAUUUCAAAGUGAACCCUCUGCUCCUGGUGAGCAAGGACUGACUCAGUGUGUGCUGCCGAGAGUCUGAAGUGUUGCCCAGACAGACUGACGAAGGGCUGUGGGUCAAAAUGCUGCACAGGCACUUCCUCAUCCCACAAAGCUUCACAGCAGAUUUCUGUUAGACAAGAGAGAGAGACAGAGAGAGAGAGAGAGAGCUGUGAAAAUGACACGGAAACGAGUCAGCAGCAGAGCUAAGGUUCUUGCUUUUACUGUGCAGCUUCUGGUAGGGACAGCUUUGAAAGUAAAAAUGUUUUUUUUAUUGGCCUGCACAAGUGACUUGUAAUGAAAUGUAUUUUGUACGUUUGUAAGUUAGCAGUAUUUGUGAAAAUGUGAAAUCAUCCUAUCAAGUAGGCAUCAUGUAGCACAUGGAUUAUUUCAUGAUAAAUCACGUGAUUUUUUUUACAGCACCAGCUGCGUGGAGGUAACAAAAGUGCAUCCUUCAUGCUGCAUCUGGUGCGCUACUGCCACCCAGUGGCCGGAGCGCAGUAGUGCAGUGGAGGUUAACCAUACUUAAGAUCAGAGUAAAGUUUUUCUGUAUCAACUUUUGUAUAUAAAAAAACUCACAUUA